AUCUUUUUAGCUUCCGGUCGGGUAAUUAGGACCGGCGAAUCCGAUCCUUCUAACGAAAACCAUCAGUUGAUCUGUGAUUUUCUUACCGGCGAUGGCGAGGCAAAGGGAUCCAUCGGACGAGGAGACCUCGAGCGGCUCUCUUUCCUCCUCGGAAGCAGAAGGGACGCAGGACGGCCUGAUGGCGGAGGAAGACGAGGAAGAGCUCGAAGCGGUGGCUAGGACUGCUAGCCCUGGCGACGAGGAGGAUAAUUCGAAGUCGACGGAGGACGACGUGGAUGCGGAAAGGACCGAUGAUGAGGAUGAGGUCGAGGAAGCAUCCUUGACCAAUGAGAUUGGCAAGCGUGAGAAAGCACGUCUUAAGGAAAUGCAAAGGCUAAAGAAGCAGAAAGUUAAAGAAAUUUUGAGUGCACAAAAUGCUGCCAUUGAUGCUGACAUGAAUAAUAAAGGGAAGGGGCGGCUCAAGUAUCUCCUCCAACAGACUGAAAUAUUUGCUCAUUUUGCUAGUGGAAGUCAAUCUGCAUCUGAGAAAAAAUUAGGAGGACGGGGGCGUCAUGCUUCGAAACUAACUGAGGAGGAGGAAGAUGAAGAAUAUCUUAAAGAGGAAGAGGACAGUCUUGCUGGUGCAGGAGGGACACGGUUGGUGUCACAGCCAUCUUGUAUACAGGGUAAGAUGAGAGAUUACCAAUUAGCUGGGUUAAAUUGGUUGAUUCGAUUGUAUGAAAAUGGCAUUAAUGGGAUUCUUGCGGAUGAGAUGGGUCUUGGAAAGACAUUGCAAACCAUUUCCUUGAUGGGUUAUUUGCAUGAAUUCAGAGCAAUUACCGGCCCUCACAUGGUUGUGGCACCAAAAUCUACUCUUGGUAACUGGAUGAAUGAGAUUCGACGCUUCUGUCCCAUUUUACGUGCUGUAAAGUUCCUAGGAAAUCCUGAUGAAAGGAAAUACAUACGGGAGAAUUUACUGGUUGCUGGGAAAUUCGAUGUACUUGUAACAAGUUAUGAGAUGGCUAUUAAAGAAAAAAAUGCCUUAAAACGCUUUAGUUGGCGUUAUGUGAUCAUUGAUGAAGCUCACCGGAUAAAGAAUGAAAAUUCUCUCCUAUCAAAAACAAUGAGACUAUAUAAUACCAAUUAUCGUCUUCUAAUCACUGGCACGCCACUUCAGAAUAAUCUUCAUGAGUUGUGGUCACUCCUCAAUUUCUUAUUGCCUGAGAUAUUUAGUUCAGCUGAAACAUUUGAUGAUUGGUUUCAAAUAUCUGGUGAAAAUGAUCAGCAGGAGGUUGUUCAACAGCUUCAUAAGGUUCUUCGCCCAUUUCUACUUCGGCGGCUUAAAUCUGAUGUAGAAAAAGGAUUGCCGCCUAAGAAGGAGACCAUACUUAAAGUAGGAAUGUCCCAGAUGCAAAAGAAUUAUUAUCGCGCUUUGCUUCAAAAAGAUCUGGAUGUGAUAAAUGCUGGUGGAGAAAGGAAGCGCCUUUUAAACAUUGCCAUGCAACUGCGUAAAUGCUGUAAUCACCCAUACUUAUUUCAGGGUGCAGAACCUGGUCCUCCAUAUACCACAGGAGACCAUUUGAUAACAAAUGCAGGAAAAAUGGUUCUUCUUGAUAAAUUGUUGCCAAAGCUGAAGGAACGUGAUUCCAGGGUUCUAAUAUUUUCACAGAUGACUAGGUUGUUGGAUAUCCUAGAAGACUAUCUGAUGUUUUGUGGGUACCAAUAUUGUCGAAUUGAUGGUAGUACUGGAGGGGAAGAUCGUGAUGCUUCUAUUGAGGCCUUUAAUCGGCCAGGAAGUGACAAAUUUGUUUUCUUGCUUUCAACGAGAGCAGGUGGUCUAGGAAUUAACCUUGCCACAGCAGAUGUGGUCAUUCUCUAUGACAGCGACUGGAAUCCUCAAGUUGAUCUGCAAGCACAAGAUCGUGCUCACAGGAUUGGCCAGCUGAAAGAAGUUCAAGUGUUCAGAUUUUGUACCGAGUUCACAAUUGAGGAGAAAGUGAUUGAGAGGGCAUAUAAGAAGCUUGCCCUUGAUGCUUUAGUAAUUCAACAAGGUCGAUUGGCAGAGCAGAAAACUGUAAACAAGGAUGAGCUAUUGCAAAUGGUAAGAUUUGGUGCGGAGAUGGUUUUUAGCUCCAAGGACAGCACCAUAACAGAUGAAGAUAUUGAUCGGAUCAUUGCUAAAGGAGAAGAAGCAACUGCUGAGCUUGAUGCAAAGAUGAAGAAAUUUACAGAAGAUUGCAUUAAAUUUAAAAUGGAUGACAAUGCCGAGUUAUAUGAUUUUGAUGAUGAGAAGGAUGAUAGCAAACUUGAUUUCAAGAAGAUUGUUAGUGAGAAUUGGAUUGAACCACCCAAAAGGGAACGCAAACGCAAUUACUCGGAGUCAGAUUAUUUCAAACAAGCAAUGCGUCAGGGUGCUGGUCCUUCAAAACCAAAAGAACCACGAAUCCCUAGAAUGCCACAACUGCACGACUUCCAGUUUUUCAAUAGUCAACGACUUAGCCAGCUUUAUGAAAAAGAAGUUCGAUAUCUUAUGCUGGCCCAUCAAAGGAGCCAGUCUAAAGAUUCAAUUGGUGAUAGUGAUGACCCUGAAGAAUUAGGUGAAUCAUUGACGGCAGAGGAACAAGUAGAGAAGGAACAGUUGUUAGAAGAGGGUUUCUCAACAUGGACGAGAAGGGACUUCAAUACAUUUAUUAGGGCUUGUGAGAAGUAUGGACGUGGUGACGUAAAAAACAUAGCCUCUGAAAUGGAGGGUAAAUCACAAGAAGAAGUUGAAAGAUAUGCCAAGGUUUUUCGGGAGAGAUACAAAGAACUUAAUGAUUAUGACCGAAUAAUGAAGAAUAUUGAAAGAGGAGAGGCAAGGAUCUUAAGAAAAGACGAGAUAAUGAAAGCGAUUGGGAAAAAACUGGAUCGAUAUAAGAACCCAUGGCUGGAGUUGAAGAUUCAAUAUGGUCAGAACAAAGGGAAGUUGUACAAUGAAGAAUGUGAUCGCUUCAUGUUAUGCAUGGUACAUAAGCUUGGUUAUGGGAAUUGGGAUGAGCUGAAGAUGGCGUUCCGAAUGUCUCCUUUAUUUCGUUUUGAUUGGUUUGUUAAAUCUCGCACAACUCAAGAAUUAGCGAGGCGCUGCGAUACGCUUAUUCGGUUGGUUGAGAAAGAAAAUCAAGAACUUGACGAGCGUGAGAGGCAAGCCAGGAAGGAUAAAAAAUAUGCAAAGAAUAUGACGCCUUCAAAGCGAUCUGCAGCAAAAGCACCUGCUUUGGAGACUCCUGCACUCACUUCUUUUAAGAGACGAAAGCAGUCUAUCAUAAAUGAUUAUGUAGGAUCGGGGAGGAGGAGGUGAAUUUUUUGAGAAAUGCUUCGGUAGCUGUAGUGCUCAUGGGAACAGCUAUAUAUUAUGUACUGCUUUUUCAUAACUAAGUAGACUUCCUGUAGAAUCUUAAAAUAGUGGCAUUGAGCUGAUUGUUUAGGAUGAGGGAAAGAGAUCAAAAUGGUAAUUUACAUUAUUUUUAUGGGGUUAUUCUACUUCUAUAUUAUCAAUAUAUCUUAUUUACUUUCUUCC